UUAUCUUUCAACAGAAAAAUCUCUGGAAACCAUCUUCUCCGACGGUUCCUUCAUUCAGUCAGCACUCAGCAGCAAUGGCUGCAAUUGAAGCAGCAGCAUUCUCCAUACUUUCUUCUUCCUCUUCGCUCCCGUCAACUUCCCCUAAAUGCUCUUUGCACUUCCUUAAACUUCCCAUUUCCACCUGUGCCCUUCCUUUUUCCUCGAAACGCCCACUAUAUCCCCUCCCUCCACUGCACUCCGCAAGAAAACCAAGGUUCCAAAUAUGCUCAACCUCCACAAUUGAAGAAGUUGUUACAGUAGAAGAAAAAACAGAGCCAUCCGAAGAGAAAACAGAGUCAGCCCCACAAACCAAUCAGAAAAGAAAGCUUUUUGUGCUAAAUUUGCCAUGGUCCUUCACCGUUGCUGAUAUUAAGAACCUCUUUGCUGAAUGUGGCACUGUUACUGAUGUUGAGAUUAUAAAGCAGAAAGAUGGUAAAAACAGGGGCUUUGCAUUUGUGACAAUGGCUUCUGGGGAAGAGGCUCAGGCUGCUAUUAAGAAAUUUGACUCUCAUGAAUUGUCUGGUAGGAUUAUCAGGGUAGAGCUUGCAAAGAGAUUCAAGAAACCCUCACGUUCACCUCCUGAGGUUCCUUCCCGUGGUGAGACCCGCCAUAAGCUGUAUGCAUCCAAUCUUGCCUGGAAGGUGAGGUCUAGCCACCUGAAAGAAUUCUUCUCUGCCUACAGUCCAGUUUCGGUUAGGGUUGUCUUCGAUAGUCCUUCAGGACGAUCUGCUGGGUAUGGUUUUAUCUCAUUUGCCACAAAGGAGGAAGCAGAAGCUGCAAUGUCUUCUUUGGAGGGCAAGCCUUCAAAGAACUCCAUCUUCUCCAAACUGCAUAUCAGUUUGUCUUGGUACAAUCCUCUAGCAGAGAGUGGGCAUGUAUAUCGGUAGCUCAUGGAGCUGUUGGGCAGACCUAUAAAAUUGAAGUUCAGUCAAAAGAAUGAUGACGAAUCUGAAAAUGAAGUGGAAGAAACGACCGAGGAACAACCUGCGGAUCAAUAGCUUCACACUGAUUCUGGCUUUGAUGAUGGUGCUUGCAGACAGAAGAGGAAAAUUACAAGUUAAGUUGAUGUUCUUCCUCUUAUCCUGUAUAUGAGCAGCCAGGAGCACCAUCAUCUACGUUUUUGCAUUUCCUUAGAUUAUACUCUGUAAGUACUCAAGCUAGCAGUCUGUAAUGGCCUUCGUCUGUUGUAUGAUAUUCUCCCUGCAGAUUUUACACUAUACAGUCUUAGCAACGUAGAAAUUGUACAAUCAUGAAUCUUGUGGCAGCUCAAUACUAGGCACAUAGUUUGUGUACACAAAUAUGAUUGUGAAAUCUCCAUAGCAAUUACUUGCAAAUAAAUGAGACUUUUCUUACUUUA